AUGAAUGGUGGUUUCCAUAAUGUUAAUAACAUAAAUGCCAUGGCACAACAACAGGCACAACAGAACAGAGUUAGAGUAGCAGUGUACAAUUGGCAAAAUGCUACAGUCCAAGAUCUUUUAAGUUACAUCAGUAGAACCAUGCGAGUGGCCAUUCAAGAUUCAUUCGUGGAAGAUAACCGCGUCGUUGGGUUCGUUAACACCAAAACUGAUGCUGAUAACCUUAUGAAAUGGAAUGGGAUGAGAUUUUCUGGUCAAAACUUGAAAUUUGAAAUAUUAGAUGACAUAUCUUCAUCUACUUCCACUACUAUUACGUUCUUUAGAAAUACUCUCUUUAAAAGAUAUGACCCACAAUCAAAGAUGUUGAAUUUGGGGAACUUGUAUAAUGAUCCUGAUUUGGUAUCUCAAGGUCUGUUUUCCAAACCUUCUACACAAUCUAAACUGCUUCCUGGUCUUUUGAAAGUUGCCUCUAAGGAACCACAAUUGAUUGUUGAUAGCUUGAAUUUAUCUGAUAAUAGUAUCAAAGAUGUUAAAUCUCUUUCCACUUUGGCACAAACUUUCCCAAAUUUGAAAAACUUAUGUUUGGCUAAUAAUCAAAUUUUCAAAAUUCAAUCUUUGGAUAUUUGGAAAAAUAAAUUCAAAGAAUUAAGAGAAUUAUUAAUGACUAAUAACCCAAUUACAAAUAGUCAAAUGUAUAAAACUGAAAUGUUAAGAUUGUUUCCAAAAUUAAUCGUCUUAGAUAACGUCAUAGUAAGAGAUGAACAGAAAUUAAAUUCAAUCUUUACCUUACCAAUGAAAAUCCAACAAUUUUUCUUCGAAAAUAAUGAAUUAGGCUCUUCUUCAACGGAUUUUGUAACAAAUUUCCUUAACCUUUGGGAUAAUGAUAGAAAUCAAUUACUCAAUCUGUACACUCCACAAUCACAAUUCUCUAUUGCAGUAGAUACAUCUCAACCUCCAUCUACCGUGGAAGAAUUAGAUGCAAACCCCUCAUUCGGUUAUUAUUUAUCAAUGUCUCGUAACAUUUGUAAAGUAUCAAGUGAAAAAUCAAUUCAACAACGACUUUAUUUAGGCCCUGAAUUCAUAGGUAACGUCUUCAAGGCAUUACCUAAAUCAAAACAUUAUUUACAAGAACGAUCAAACGACUAUUCCAUGGAAGCUAUAGCAUAUCCCCAGGUAAAUGGAUUUCUAAUAACUUUACAUGGUGUGUUUGAUGAAGUAGCAAAACCAGAUUUCGAUAUCAAUGGCAAACAAGCUGCUAAAUCAUCAACAUCAAAUAGAAACAGAAGGUAUAAUCAUGGUCAUUCACCUGCAACAAAUAGAUUAUCCAAGAAAUCAUUCGAUAGAACUUGGGUAAUCGUUCCAAUGAAUAACACCGUAGUGAUAGCAUCUGAUUUACUGACUGUAAGACCAUUCGUUUCAAAUGCAUGGUCAACCAAACAACAACCUCAAUCACAAUCACAACAAUCCCCAGUCGCUGGCAUUCCAACAGGACCAUCAUCAGCAGCAGGAGCAAUAUCUGGAACGCCUACAGGUGCUACCUCUACACCACCAAUAAUACCAAAUCAACAACAACAACAACAACAAAUACCACCAGCAUUAGCACCAACAUUACAAUUACCACCAAAUGUGCAAGCGGGAUUAACACCAAUACAAUUGGAUUUAUUAAGUAAAUUACAUUUACAAACAAAAUUAAAUGCUGAAUAUACUUAUAUGUUGGCUGAACAAAGUGGUUGGAAUUAUGACGUUGCUUUAAAGGCUUUCCAAACAAGUAUUAAUAAUUUACCAAGUAAUGCAUUUAUUCAAUGA